UUGAAACGACAGUGUCGUUUAAUUUUUCUAAUUUGCUUCAGUGGGCAGCUACUUGUCUUCUAUGGAUCGUUGUUCAUAGAGAAGAUCAGAAGCAAAAUGGCUGUGAGUUUGGAAGGAGACAAGGUGAUACUUGUACCUUACAUGAAAGAACACGUACCAAAGUACCACCAGUGGAUGGAGGACCCAGUUCUUCUUGAAGCCACGGCGUCCGAGCCUCUAACCCUUGACCAAGAGUAUCAAAUGCACCUCUCCUGGACCCAAGACCCCCACAAGAAAACUUUCAUUCUUUUGGAUAAGGAUUUGGUAGAGGGAAAGUUUGUUCAUGGAGAUCCCUAUGUGGAAGCCAUGGUUGGUGAUGUGAAUAUUUACAUGAAUGACUUGGAUAAUCCUCAAUUGGCGGAGGUGGAGAUAAUGAUAGCUGAACUCAAAAGUCGUGGUAAAGGACUUGCAAAGGAAUCUGUCUUGAUGAUGAUGUCCCAUGCAGUUGAGAAUUAUGGUAUCAAUAUCUUCCGUGCUAAGAUUGGAAAAUCAAAUGGACCAUCUCUAAGUUUGUUCCGGAAACUGGGCUUUGAGGACAUUUCCUACAGUGAAAUCUUCAAAGAGAUGACGUUGGAGUUGCCGGUGACCAAGCCAAAGCUGGAGGAGCUUCAACAGUCGAUUGGUCACGUGGUUCGACAUACAUAACCCUGUAGGACCUAUUGGAUUUACUAUACGGGUAAAAGAAUCUCCUCCAAAGUUGCUCUGCGUUUAUGAUGAUAAGCUGAGGAUGUUUAGACUUGACACUGUCCCUUUUAAAUCCUCUGUUUUAGUCUUUCAGCUGGUAAGAUAGCCCUUCAUUUUAAGGAAUAUAAUUCACAAGUUGAUUGAAUAGCCCAUGAAGAAAAAAUAGUCUGGCGCUUAAUUAUUUUUUCCCAAUUUUUCUCUCAUGCAUUUUCUUUUCUUUGGACAAGGCAUGCCUAUACUUAUUUUUCCCUUGGCUAUGGAGACGAGGGUAGAUAUCUUUAGUAUUUGGAAAAACUUUGUAAUACAAGGUAUUACUAGCUGUUUCAAAAUCUGCUGGGUUUGCUGGGGACCAUAUGAAGUUUUCUACUAUGAUAAAUAUAAUAAUAAUGAUAGCAACAACUAAACUUAUUUAUGAAUGUAAAGACUUCUCGGACAUAGUUAACUAGUGUAACACAGGAGGCAAUCUUGAGCAGGAAGCCACACGUGAUACGCCUGUAAAGUUUCUUCCUCCCAGUCUUCACUUCUAUGACAGAAAAUCCAGUUUUGCCAUUGAUUGAACAUUUGGUCCUGUAGUUGAAUGUAUAGCAGGGUUGGUGUUUGAAACUGGCCCCUCUUGCCACACAUGAUUAAAAGUGGUUCCAUUAGCUAAUGGGCCUAUAACAGCAAAGAUAGUCGUCUCAUUGUCGGCAUAUAUUGCAGAAAUGU